AAGUCAUCUCAAUCGAAUGGCUGGUAAAAAAUCUGUUCAGUACAAUGAAUAUAACCUUCAACAUAAACCAUAAAACGAACAAAUAUUCAUUGAGAUCAAUUGCGUUUGAACUUUGCGCCGAAAUUUUUCCGAAUGGCUCGUUUGAAUGGUUUGAGCUACAUUAUUUUGGAAGUAAUAUCUCAUCAAUGCGCGGAAGAUCAUAUUUCUGCAAUGAAUUGUCAUUGCCACUGAAAAUGCGAAGUAAAAUUAUGGGAACACUUCAAUUGAUAAACAUUCAAUUUGAAGCAUUCCGAUCAGAACAAAAUGAAGAGUUUUCCAAAGCGAUUGUUUGCGGUGACGAGACUUCUCGGAGGGAUUCAUACUCAGUUACAACAGUAAUUUGCGUUUCGGUUACGGUUUUAAUUAUGACGAUUUGGGGUUUGAAAUUUAUAUUUGAUUCGAAAAAAAUGGAAUUGUUUAAGAAAGAUUUAUCUAAAUCGCAUUUGCAAAAAUAUUCAAAGCCAUCACCGUUGCCACGUUGCUUAUCAAUCCACAAUAGUUUUUCAAGUGAAUAAUUUACUCUGUAAAUUGUUACUAUCGUAACAUUGCACAUUUCGUUCUUAAUUCAUAGAAUCGCACCACUGAUAUGGUAUUCUACUUUAGAAAACACGCUGGAAGCUCAGAAAUAAGAUAGGAUCGUUGAGGUGUGUUAAAUAAUAUGCUUUGAAUAAAAAAAAUAAUCAGUUAUCAAAUAAGUGAUUAAAAUUCAAUAAAAAGCCAUU